AUCUACUUCACUUGCGACUUGUAGAUAUUAACAGUAUACACUAUCAUUUAAUACAUUUGGCAGUUUUAAUGUGUAUCACGCAGCCGCUUUUUGUACAUCAGGUACUCGCGGGUCGUAAAUUGGAAAUGGUUCCUCCUUUGUUUCAGUCGGACUGUUACCAGCGACGGACGGUUAAUGGAAGCUGCUAAAAUCCAAAUCACACAUUUCAAGAUUUAGAGUAAAAAGCUACGCGGAGAGAUGGGGGAGACGCCGCUCAGAGUCCUGGCAUGUGGGGACGUAGAAGGCCGUCUGAACGCUCUGUUCAAUCGAGUCCAGGCCAUCCAGAAGAAGACCGGGCAGUUUGAUCUGCUGCUGUGUGUUGGAGAGUUUUUUGGAACGACACCGGAGGCGGAAGCAGAGUGGCAGCAGUACAAAACUGGAGCCAAGAAAGCGCCCAUCCACACGUACAUCCUUGGAGCAGUGAGCCAGGACACAGUGAAGAAUUUCCCAAACACCGAUGGCUGUGAGCUGGCUGAAAACAUCACAUAUCUGGGCCGGCGUGGUGUGUUAACCGGCGCGUCAGGACUGCAGAUCGCAUAUGUCAGCGGUCGGGAGGCCCUGCAGGAACCGGCCCCGGCUCACUGCUUCACCUCCAAAGAUCUGGCAGCCCUCGUGACUCCUCUGACCAGCAGCUCCAAGUUCAAAGGUGUCGACAUCCUGCUGACAUCACAGUGGCCCCAGGGAGUGUGGCACUACGGAAACAACCCGGAAGUCAGCACAAAGAUUUGUGGAAGCAACGUCAUCGCCAACCUUGCAGACAAACUGAAACCACGAUACCACUUUGCAGCACUAGAGGGCGCUCACUAUGAAAGGCUCCCAUACAGGAAUCACAUUGUUCUUCAAGAAAAUGCUCAACACGUCAGCCGGUUCAUCGCCCUGGCAGCCGUCAACAACCCCGCCAAGAAGAAGUAUCUGUACGCCUUCAACAUAAUCCCCAUGAAGACCAUGGAUCCCUCGGAGCUGGUGAAGCAACCGCAGGAUGUUACGGAAAACCCCUACAGACGCCCAACAAAAGACAAGAAAGACACACAAAAGACAGCCUUCAGUACCACAGAGGAGGAGGAGCCGGCCAAUCAGUACUUCUUUGACCUGAGCGGGAAGCAGGGCGGAGGUUCUCGGGGCCACGGCAGGAAGAGACACUCGGAUAGAGACGGGCGAGGUCGAGACCAGCAGCAUCAGCAGGGGCAGCCCAAGCAGCCCCGCAGGCACCCUCAGCCCUCUGGUCCAUGCUGGUUCUGUCUGGCCAGCCCUCAAGUGGAGAAACACCUCGUCAUCAGCAUAGGAACACAUUGUUACCUUGCGCUGGCUAAAGGCGGCUUGACUCCUCGACACGUGCUGAUCCUCCCCAUCGGACACUACCAGUCGGUGGUGGACCUGAGCUCGGAGGUGGUGGAGGAGAUGGAGAAGUACAAGUCUGCCCUGAGGAGGUUUUAUAAGAGCAAAGGAGAGCGCUGUGUGCUCUUUGAGAGGAACUACAGAAGCCAGCAUCUGCAGCUGCAGGUUGUGCCAGUGCCGUUGAACCGCUGCACCACAGAGGACAUCAAGGAGGCGUUCAUGGUCCAGGCUCAGGAGCAGCAGAUGGAGAUGAUGGAGAUUCCUGAACACACUGAUCUCAAACAGAUUGCCCCUCCAGGGACUCCAUAUUUCUAUGUGGAGUUGGACUCAGGGGAGAAACUCUACUACCGCAUCCAAAAACAUUUUCCUCUGCAGUUUGGAAGGGAGGUUCUGGCCAGCGAGGCGGUACUAAACAUCCCAACUCGAGCCGACUGGAAGGUAAAGAGGAGCAAAGAGGAGGAGGAAGAGAGCUGCAAAGAGCUGAGAGAUGAUUUCCAGCCUUAUGAUUUCACCUGGGAUGAAUAAUUUACACACACACACACAUAUUUGUACAGCUGUCUUUGUGGGGACCAUGGGAAAUGCAAUGCAUUGUGAGGACAGUUGUUGCCAUAAUGGAUUCCCCAAGUUCCCAGUAUCUACCCUGAAUACAAAAAUUGAGUUAAAUGGCCUUUUUAAGGUAUAUCUCAAUGUAAGGACUGGAUAGAAUGUCUUUAUAAAGAUAAACACAUAUGUACAUAUUGUCAUUGCACCACAUCCAGGAUUAUUGCUGCCCCCCCCACCCUUUUCUGAUGACAUGUUCACUUGUAGCCAUCUUGAGCUAUCAUUCCAUCACUUUGGGUCGAACAAGAUUGCAGAUAGUUAAUAUAGGUUAGCUUCUUUUAGCUUAGCACAAAGACUGGAUAUUAGCAUUUUAUUUGUGCUAUUAGCAUUAGAGUGGAUUUUAUUACCUUUGGAUGAAACUAGACAAGAUAUUUUUCAGUAUAUCCAGUCUUUAUGCUAACUGGUUUCAGUUCUCCAGCUUAACGCUCAGUAAAUAUUUGCAUCAUGUCUCACAAGCUCCUAUUCCUUUUAAUCAGGUUUUGUUUUAUAUGAAACCACUGUUUCUUUUUAAUAUGGGCAGUUGGAGUGUAACUGUAAACCUCACUGCUUGGCUGUCUUUGUGUUUCAUAUUUAAAAAAAAAAAUUCUAGUGUUUAAAAUAUGAACUUGUUUUGCCGUUUAUAACAUGAGUCCUGCUUUUCAGAAACAGUCUAGUUUUUUUUCCAACUACUAGAGAAAGUUUUUCACAAUAAAAGCAGAAAUCUUCACAAACGGGAUAUAUUAAGAAUUCUAAACCAGCUCAGUAACACCGGAUUUCCUAUCAUUUCUAGCACACUUCUGGGUAAAGCUGCUUUUAAUGUCUUAUUUUGUAAAUGAAAUUCAAUUAAACUUUUAUUUUCGC